GAACGCAAGGUGUUUCUCUCUAGCGUGAAAUUAAUUUGAAUAAAUAAAAGAAAUGCUGCGCUAGUAGCCACAACGAGUUUCUACGUGUGAUCGUGGGCCAAACAUUCGUUGUGUAUCGCGUGUAUCGCGUGUAUCGCGUGUGUCGCUUUCGCGUAAUAUCUUACUUAGUUUGACGAGACGUGCGAGAAAUUAGGUUAUGUGUCGGAUCUUUGAAAAAACAGCAGUGGCGCUGCGGGCAUCGCCGCGCAAGUACAAUUAAAAUCAAUGUAACAGUGCAGUGUUUCGGGACGGACAUUUCUUCAGAGCAUUUUUCAACGCAUUUGCUCCAACAAGAAAUGUCAAACGGAUUAACGAUGUUAAAUAAUGAUAAGGGUGCCAACGAGACAAACCGCAACGCGUCUACGGUUAGUCCUACCGCUACCGUGUCUCUUGCGGAGGGAAUGCACAAGGGACACUUGACAGGGAUGGAGCAACCAAGUAUCGCGAGGUCCACGUUGAAGAGACCGGCCGAAUCGGAUCCCGAAGGUCAGUGGCUGAUCGUACCGUUCUAUCCGAUGUUAGCCAACGAUACUUAGUUAUUAGGCACGCGUAGAAUCAAUCCAAAAAAACGUCACAAGAAUCCACAGCCCAAGAAUGCGGUGUGCGCCUUGAACGAAUUAAAAACCGGUGCGGUGUACAAAGUUGUCGACCAGACUGGUCCGACUCAUGCCCCGAUAUUUACAAUCGCCGUACAGAUAGACGGACAAACUUACGAAGGGAAAGGUCGUACAAAAAAAAUGGCUAAACAUGCUGCCGCUGAACUUGCUUUAAGGAACAUCAUUCAAUUCAGAAAUACGCCGGAGGUUCAUCAGGCGAUCAACACUUGUCAGCCUUCGAUACCUCUUGAACCAGAUUUUACAAGCGACGUGACGGAACGCGAUAAUCAUCUGGUUAAUGCGUUCAAAACGUUGAGUCAAGAACCAAAAAGCACAAAUAAAUUUUUAGAAAAAGGUCCUGUAGCGCUUAUUAACGAAUUGUAUCCCGGUGUUGUAUACAAAUGUGUGUCGGACAACGGUGAAAGUUACGCAAAAUUCACGAUAUCGGUGUCUAUCGAUGGAGAAACAUUUGAGGGAACCGGGCCAAGCAAAAAAUUAGCGAAAGCUGCCGCGAGCAAAGCAGCUUUGGCUAAAUUGAGAAACGUCCACAGUUCCUCCUUUUGCAUACCGCUUCCGGUUCGCGUUCUGCCAAAUUUCUCCAAUAGUGGACAUUGGCAGGACCAGAUGCAAUUGCCUCAAAUGUUAGCCGACAAAAUUGGAAAAAUGGUCAAUCAGAAAUUUAGCGAGCUUAUUCAGUCUAAGCCGCAGCACGCCCGACGUAAAGUUCUAGCGGGUAUUGUUCAAACCAAAGGUUCCGAAGCUGAACUGAUAUGCGUAACAACCGGUACCAAGUGUGUAUCUGGAGAACAUUUAAGCGUGAGUGGCGGUGCUCUGAACGACUGUCAUGCCGAAGUGGUCGCGCGGAGAUGUUUGUGCGAGUACUUGUACAAACAGCUGGAACUUUAUACAGAAACUCACGCUGCAGAGUCUAUUUUAGAACCUGCUAAGAAAGGAUACAAGUUGAGACAAGGCAUUCAAUUUCAUUUAUAUAUAAAUACCGCUCCGUGCGGUGACGCGAGAAUUUUCUCGCCACACGAGGAGAACGAGUCUGUUGACAAACACCCGAACCGAAGAGCAAGAGGACAAUUGAGGACGAAAAUAGAGUCCGGGGAAGGGACGAUUCCUGUGAAAAGCAGCGAGGGUAUUCAAACGUGGGACGGUGUACUUAUGGGCCAAAGACUGCUAACGAUGUCGUGUUCGGACAAAAUAGCUCGGUGGAACGUUCUUGGUGUGCAAGGUGCACUUCUAAGCCACUUCAUCGAGCCAAUUUACUUCCACAGCAUCGUUCUUGGCAGUCUAUUGAACCCAAGUCAUAUGUACAGAGCGGUCUGUGGUCGUAUCGAAAACACAAUUCAAGGUCUACCGCCACCAUAUAGGCUUAACAAGCCACUAAUGAGUCUCAUCACAUCCUCGGAAGUUAGGCAACCCGGAAAGGCGCCUAAUUACAGCGUUAAUUGGACUAUCGGUCAAACCGAAGCCGAAGUAAUCAACUGUACAACAGGAAAGGACGAACUGGGUAAACCGUCCAGAAUAUCCAAGCAAGGACUCUUUAGAAGAUUUUACAAUUUACUAGGUAAACUCGAUACGAUAGACGAUGCAGACAAGAAUCGGUGUCGUCAUUAUUUAGACGCUAAAUCUUCUGUACAGAAUUAUUCGCUUGCCAAGCAUCAGUUAAAGGAGGCUUUUGUAAAAGCACACCUCGGCAGUUGGGUUAAAAAACCUAUCGAACAAGACAUGUUCGAAGUCGAUAUCUGACUAAAUCAGAGUACCGAUGACAUCUCGACGGAUGAUACGGAAUUUCGGGUGACAGAUUAUGUAGUUCCUACUGCAAACUAGAUCGCUCGUUCAGCGUGUUAUGAUAUGGCAGAAUGCGGCAUCAGUAAAGCAUAAAUCGUAGGAUCUAAUGCGCGUCUCUCUUCGACAUUCCGUUUUGUGAUAUCUUGUCGUCAUCGCAUAUAUCGUGUUCAGAAAGCAUAAUAAAGGCGAGCUCCUCGUCGGAGCUAUUUUCUUUUCGAACCGUCGAAGGUUUUACGAUUCCGAAAGUUGCUCAGUUUUAACGUACGGCCAUUCCAUGCUAAAUCGAUCAUUUUCUUCCCCUCGAUGUCUCGGAUUUUCUUCAAAUUUUUUCAAAUAAAUUCAUCCUGGACCUUAUACCUUAUAUGUAUGUAUAUCGGACGGUACGAUAUUUUCGGUUUAUUUAAAAUUUUCCUGGAAAAUACACAACAGGCCUGACGGUUUUUCGGAAAAUUCAAUUACUUUUACCCGAAAAUUUUUAUUUCCGAAACUAUUCGUCUUAUCGAAAUGCUUUUUUUCUUUUCUUUUCUUUUUCUUCCCCGAAAAGAAGAUUUACCUUUCUAAAUAAAUUUUCUCCGGAAUGGAACAUUCUAAAUAAAUAAAUAGUAGGAUAGGAUCGGACCAUAUUUUUUCGAUUAAACAUGAUACGUUGAAUGUUUAAGGGAAUCGGAAACAUGGAGGGUAAUGAAAAAAGCGAUCGAUUUCGCAUGGAAUUAGCCCAUAGGGUAACCAAGUGGCACGUUUCGAUACUUCGAAUUUUAAUCUUAAUCGUUAUAGCGUAAAUUUCGACAGUUUUUAUAGAUUGGUAGUAGGACAACACGAAUCGCAUUGAAACGAUUUCGUUUCGCGACAGAAAUCGGACAGAAAUUGGACAGAAAUUGGACAGAAAUUGGACAGAAAUUGGACAGAAAUUGGACAGAAAUUGGACAGAAAUUGGACAGAAAUUGGACAGAAAUUGGAGACAGAAAUCGGACGGAAAUCGGACGGAAGAAGAGGUUGUACGUAGCGAUUGCAGAAUUUACGUCGCCUCGUCGUAUCCGAGAUCUGUUUUUACGAAAGAAUGAUUCAGCACAUAUCCGUACGUCAGUCUUCUUCUUGUUAUCAGGAAAUUUUCUUGUAACGGGUCUUUUAACAUGAAACGAUAAACGACCUUGAGGUGUAGUUGUGUUUCGUGCCGCUUAUACAAAAACGAAACGAAAGAGUUUAAAAUUGAAGAACAUCUCGAGAUUUGACUCGUGCCUGCAGUAUUUUUCUCUAGUCAUUAAAUGUACGAUAGUGACGAUGAUAAUAAUAAGCAUCGCGUUACAUCCCGGAAGGCUGUGACCGAGUAUAGAAAUUCAUCGACGUUCAGGAGGAGACUAUUAUUGCAAGAAAUGGUAAAAGAACGGUAUAGGAAUCGAUUCCUUGUCGGCGUGUCAAAUCUUUUCUCCCCCAUAAUAUACAUACAACUGUAUAGAAAGUAUAGAAAGUGUUUAAAGAAAAAAGUUAGAAACUUUUUCGGCAGCUAUCGUUACUCUUCCAACAGGUAACAAUCUCUUGUGCACCUUUAUAACACUAAAUACUUAUCGACACAUGGAAGGGAGGGGUUGUCUACGCAAAGUGUUUGCGUAGCGUCGUUUGCUUCGCUAUUCUCAUUGUCAAUACCAUGUAUGCACGUUGGCAUACCGAUCGAAGAGUUUGUUGGGUCUCGUAUCUUAAUAGGAAAAUAUGAUAUGUGUUUUAAGGUGCAACGUUUAAGAAUUGUUCACUUGUUCGGAUGAACGGUACCACGAGCCAUAAAAGUUUCCAACUGCCUCUUUCACGAAGAGAAGUAAUUUAUUUUCGUGGGACACCAGACGUUUUCUUAUUACGUAUUUACUUGGAUGUACGUAGCGUAAUCGUCGACAAAGAAUUGGCUCCCAACAGGUCGAUGUUAUUACCAUUGGGUUUUCAUAGGGAGCAAAUGGAAGUUUUAUGCGUGACUAAUGUAUGCUUGAAGUAAAGAUAUGGAUGGAUAUAAUACGAGUCAAUAAGUAAACGUCUAAGUACAGUACGGUUAAUAGUUUAGAAAAUCCUAAGAUCAUUGCCUCACUGUGCCAGUAUUAAAUACACGAUUAAUGCAAUUCUGCCGUAGUGACACACUGCCCGGUGUCGGUCCAGUUUUGCGUGAGAAACUCGGCAAUUGCGUACGAAACGAAUUUCGUUUCGAAAGUAUUAGACGAGCAUUAUCGGAGGCUUUCGUUUACGCGGUCGAAACGUACAAGCGACUACUUUGCGUUAAAUUAGUGCAAAUACCGGCGACGGAUAUUUAUUUUACAUACCGAUCAAACCAUCGAUACAUGUAUCAAAUCAAACUAAUUAGUUUUUCAUUCAUUUUUCAUUUAUUUCUGUUAUUUUCUUUAAUUUACGCAAAGGUUCGAGUAGCGUGAAAAAAUAUUUGUGCCAAUGGAAAUAUAAUGCCAAUGAUUUAAUUAAUCACCGGAUCAGUUAACGUUUGACCGCACGUCGCCGGAUACAGGGUCUAAUCCGACCUAGAAUUUCAUUUAAUUGUAAUUUCGAAUAUUCCGUUGGCUCGAGCGUUUCUUUCAUCACUCUGUAGAUUGAGAAGAAGGAAGCAACACGAGGACGGUGUUUUUGAUAGUUUAUUACCAUAGUACAGCCAAUGGAUCGAAAUAGUAUUUCGAGGUAUUCGUCGAGCGAAGGUAAACUGACAUUUUUCCUAAUUUUAACGAGUACUAAACACGAGCGUCAUUAACGAUAGAUUUUUCUGGCAGCUUUGCUAACGAACAAACAAGUUUUGCAAAAACAAACUGUUUUUGCCAUGGUCGCUUGCUUCUCUUGCCUUUGUAUACAUACAUAUAUUAUACGUUAAUUAAAUAUUUCCAAACACCAAAGUUACGUAACUUAGUAUUCACGAAUUACCAAAAAAUAAUUUAACGUUAACGGCAACACACUCGGAUUUUGCUCAACGAUCAUUUUCCGCUAUAUGUAUAAUUUUUUCCAAAAUUUUUCUCUAUAUCUUUCUUUAUAACGAACUUAUUAAACGGGAUUCCUUUUUAAUAUAUCAGAACGCAUAUUAUAGUUGGCAAAUAUAUAAAUUUUAUUUAUUUAAUGUACAUAGUUUUUUCCACAUUAGAACUAUAAAAGAAUUAAAAGAGCGAUUAUAUCAGAGGAAUGGAAAAGUAUAACACAGGAAUAUUAAAAAAAAAAUUAUAUCUGAUAUACCAAAACGUGUACACGAAGUCAUAAGACAGAAGGGAUAACCAACCAAAUAUUGAUAUUACAAUAGUAUUGUUAAAAAUACAUACAUAUGUAUAUUUCGUAUACUAUAACCAGUUGACUGUCCGAAUAUUUUCUCCAGUACAAAACGUCGGCAUUAUUUACUUUACCGAUUGUUACGCAAAGAUUAUGUGCAUUAAAUAAAUAAAAUUUAUGUUUUUAUCACCUACAAUAAGUGUUUUAAUCUAUUAAAAAACAAUUUGGUCAAUAGCUUCAUUAUAAAGAAAUAUACAAUAGAGCAAUAAUGUUCGGAAAUUGUUCGAAUAUUAAUUCGAGUCACUGUAUGUACAUACACAAUUGGUUAAACACACUCCCCCCUACACACACACACAGAGAGAG